GAUAUUUCUGAUUUAAUCUUAUCAAAGUCUAAUACAAAAGACACUAAUGGCUCAGAUAAAGAUGAAGAUUUUAAUUAUUGGUUAGCCGGACUAAUCGAUGGAGAUGGAACACUCUCAGUGUAUAAAAGCAAUGCUCAAGUAUGUGAAAUUACUUUGGGUGAAGAAGAUGUUAAAACUUUAUACAAAAUUAAACAAAGAUUCCAUAUGUCUCUUUUAAAAAGAAGUAAAGUUAAAGCUUAUAGAUGGAGAGUGUCCAUAAAAUUAUAUGUAAUAGAUGUUCUUAAUUCUAUUAAUGGUAAAUUAUUAACUUACUCAAAACACGUACAAUUAGUUAAAGUUUGUAAUAAAUUAAACAUCGAACCAAUUAUUACUAAUAAAAUUAGUAAAAAUAAUAGUUAGUUUACUGGAUUUUUUGAUGCUGAAGGUAAUUUUAGUAUUAGAAAUAAUUAUACUUUAACAAUUAGUGUGGGUCAAAAAUCUAAAGAUAUUUUAGAAGAAAUUUAAAAAGAAUUUAGAGUCGGUAAUAUUUACUAUGAUAAAAGUUGGAAUGGCUAUAAUUAUAUUAUUACAGAUUUACAAGGAAUUAAAACAAUGCUUACAUAUUUUGAAAAAUAUCUAUUAAAAACAAUAAAACAUCCGGACUUCAUUACAAUACGAAGAUUAGUUUUAUUUAUUGAAAGAGGUUAUCAUUUAAAAAAUCAUCCUCUCAAAGAUAGAAUUGAUAACUUAAUUAAAAUCUUUAAAAAUCGCAAAAAGAUAUAGUCCACUAAACGCAUCCUAAUAAUUAUAUUCUAG